UUGAAAAAAAAACCAAAGAGAGAAUGUUAGUCACGUGAUUAGAACAGUCUUCGUCUAGCAUUUAAAGGUAAAUUUGCCAAUGAGCCUUGGCUCUAGUCGCAUUUCUCCCCUAUCCCCACCUCAAGGUCUAGGGUUCAAACCCUAGAAGAUGCAAUUGAGGAAAAAAUGUGAUAAAUAUGUGAGGAGUGUGUGGGUGUGUUGUGUAUCUAGGAUUGGGGGUUGUCCAAUCCAUUGGGGUACCUAGGAUUGGGGAUUGUCCAAUCCACCGACAAAAAAAAAAAGAAAAAGAUAAAUUUGAAAAGCCCGUGUACAAUUUUCAUUGGAAAUUCCAAAAAAAUGAGAGUAGGCAGUUCGGCGCCCGAGCGUGUGUUGGCUGGUUAGUUUCCCUCCUGGCAGGCUUUUAGGGCUACCCAUCCGCUUCAUUUUCUGGUCAUUCUCUCAUGGACAAUCCCUUCGACCACCAUGUUCCUCCGCCACACGCCACCGUCACCGCAGCUGACUACGGAGUCUCCGAUGACGACGAGGACGAAGAAGAGGAAGAGGAAGAGGAAGAGGAAGAGGAAGAGGAAGAAGAAGAAGAAGAAGAAGAUGACAACGAAGAGGACGAAGAUUCAUCGCCUAGGGCUUUCCCAGUGGCUCCUUCCACAACUUCUAAUCCACAGCCAAUUGUUAUCACCGUGGAAUCGCAGUCGCAUAGCAGCUUCGGAGACGACGAAGUAAGCAACAAGCGCCGCAAAACGGAAGGCCGAGAGGCGUCGUCUUCGUCUUUGGCAAUUGAUGGCAGUCAAGGCAGCGAGUGGAACCGCACUGACAUUGACGGCCUCUUCUGCCCUAUCUGUAUGGAAGCUUGGACCAACAGCGGCGACCACCAAAUCUGUUGUCUUCCUUGUGGACACAUAUAUGGUAUGUCUUGUAUAAAAAGAUGGCUUCAACAGCGACGAAGUACAGGCAAGUGUCCACAAUGCAAUAUAAAAUGCUCAUUAAAGGAUGUGAGGAAGCUCUAUGCAUCUCGAGUAGUUACUGUUGAUGAUGAAUCUCAGAAGAAAAUUCGGUUGCUUGAAGCCAAAUGUGCUGCACUGGAAAGUAAGGGUGCUGAUUGGCGUGUGAAAGAGGCUAUAUGGCGGAAAAGAGAAGCUGCAUACCGUCUGGAAAUCCAGAAGCUUAAAGCGAUACUACUGGAUAUGGAGAGAAUGCAUUUUGAACUCAUAGAUGGCACUCAGGAUUAUCAGUGGAGAUCUGAAAAGGAGCAAAAUUUUAGCUUAAAGUCCCAUGUAAAAGCAUCUUUUUGCAAUUUUGCAUUACAGAAAACAUUUAAUAUGGAUGAUGCACGAGUAUUUGAUAUGGAUGUAUCCAAUCAAAUUUUACUAAUUGCACGAAAGCCAAGGGUGAUAGGUGGAGCAGACUUUCUAACUAAAAUGAGCUUGAUACCUCCAUUCGAUAUGGAAGAUAUCUUAUUGCCUUCUACUACAGAGGGUAUUAGAGACCUACAUAUUUCUCCUUCUGAUAGAAGCCUAGCCCUCUAUGCUUCAACAGGGAAGAAGUUAUCAGUGCUCAGUGUGCAGAGCAAGAAUACUGUUGUCAACUAUGAUCUACAGGUUCCUCCUUGGUCAUGUUCUUGGGAUCUCAACAAUUCACAUUACAUGUAUACUGGACUUCAGAAUGGUUCUGUCUUGGUGUUUGAUAUACGACAAACUGCAGGACCCAUGAAGUCUUUAGUUGGAUUGACUAGCAACCCUGUUCAUACUGUUCAUUCUCUUCUGCAAACUUCAUGUCUUCCUAACUCCAUCUUAUCUGCAUCUGCCAUUGGCCUUUGUCAGUGGAACAUUGAUUCUGAAGAAGGGCCAUUCAUGCUUCCUGAAUCUGAUAACCAAGGAGUUUGUAUAUCCCUUGCCUAUUGCCCUAGCAGUGAUGACGUUGUUGUAGAACAGCGCACUGAUUAUUUCAAAAAGAUGGGUUCCUCGAAUGCCAAUCCAAGUAAAAUUCGAUUUCCAAAACAUACUAUUAUAGACAUAGAGGGUCAAAGAAGUUUGUUUGCAGCUGUAGAUGAAGCAACAUUUGAAUUGAUCUUGCACGAGCUGCCUUCUUUUAGCGUCAACCAACGAUUCAAACUGCCUGCUCAGGCUCGUGAUAUUAGGUACUCUCGGAGCUGUGGAAUUCUUGGCUGUUUGAGUGAGACGACAUUGCAACUUUUCUACACCAAAGUCUUGUGAACAAGGUAAUUUUAUUUUGCAAUCUUUGAAGAAAAAUGGAGUUCUUUUUGUUUUAUAAUCAUAUGAACCCGAAAAAAAUGUAGGUUGUCCUUAACCUAGAGCAGCAGAUAUUUAUUGAUUUGCAAUUUUGGAUAGAGCCUAUGUAUGCUUUGUUCGUUUUACUGUAAAUAUGCAAUGAAAACUAUAUGUGAAUGAAAGAUUGAAAAGUAUGAAAUGAAUUUGUUAGGAAGAAAA